AUGAGCAGCGCGCUUUUCCGUCAGAGGCGACCUUCAUCCCCCUCCUCCACCGAACGACUUCAUUCAAAGCUACGGCCUCCAAUCGAUACCUUAUCCCGCUGCAUACGCGACUCGCCCUCCAUUCAGGAUGUUUCGGAUGCUACGGAACUUGUGCUAUUCCUCCGUCACGCGUUAAUUGACGAUGGACAACUCAGAGAAGCAAAAGACGCGUUUCGCAACCUCCAGGGCUUCCAGGUGCUCUUCGAAGUGCUGGAGCGCCUGGAACGCGUCAUUUAUCACGGGUCGCUGGAUGUGCAGCAUCGGAGGGGAAUUCUAGCCCUUGUCGGAGAAAUAAUUGGCGUUCUGGGUGAGAGUUUGAAGGACCAUCAUGGCAAUAAACGCUACUUUGCAAAAAGAGCUUACGGAAGUGGAAGCGUUUCUUUUGAACAAACUUUAUCAAACAUCUCAGAAAAGCUAGAAGAUAGUGCUGGAGAUACUGGCACUGAAAUUGAGCAAUUCUAUGGUGGGCUACUUGCUGCUGGACUGGGGCAUCCCAUGGUGUCUGGGUUCUUUACCUCGCUCAGAAAGAAAUUUGAGAACGAUCAAGAAGCUACCCCCGCUGCUGUAAAAGCAGCCGUUUGUAGCACUCUUGGGUCUCUUGAAACGGUGGAGAACCCUGAAUUCUUUGGACCCCUGCUUUGUCUCUGGCUUAAGCAAUCAGCAUCCCCGCCCAAGCACCCGAUUCAGCGCCUAGCUGUUCCCGCUUGUCUUACGCACCUUGCCGUGCAGUCACCCCGAAAUCGUCUCGCACUUCAUUCUACUGGAAUACUAACAUACCUUCUAGAUGUAAUCUCUCAGUCAACUCGGGAUAGAGGAGAAUUGGAUCUAUACAUCGAGUUGGCCGUUACGUUGUGUGCUGAGGGCUUUCAAAACCUCCAGGAUGUCGCCAAGCUUUUUAGGAGUGCUCAUACCUCUUUAGAAGCGGCUAAAUUUCUUCUGGAAGCUGUGAAUUCAUCGAAAGGGCCUCCGUUUAUUCAAUUUGAUCUAUCAUCUCAGGGCUUCUCCUCAAUUGAACUACCUACCCUUGGAAAAUCAUUCCCCCCUAUCAGCUCUUCAGGAUAUACCCUGUCUGUCUGGGCACGGUUUGAUAGCUUUGAUCCCAAUGCUCACACUACAAUCUUUGGUGUCUUUGACGCGAGUCAGACGUGUUUCGUCCUUGCGUAUUUGGAGAAAGACACCCGCAACUUCAUCCUUCAAACAUCUAUAAAAGGCAGCCGUCCGAGCGUUCGAUUUAAGUCCACCGUUUUCUCUCCUGGCGUCUGGUAUCACAUUUGCGUCGUCCACAAACGGCCUAGAGCAGUGUCGUUGUCACGAGCUUUACUCUUCGUAAAUGGAGAACUUGUAGAGCAGUUGAAAUCUGAUUACCCUCAGGCCCCUGUUGGCCGCUCAGGCCAGAAAUCACCUCGUAUUCAAGCCUUCCUAGGAACCCCUCAAGACCUUGCAAUAUCUGUUGGUAAAGAUGUAUGUUCGUCUAGAUGGUCUCUGGCGUCAGCUGUGUUGUUCGAAGACGCCUUCACAGAUGAUAUAAUCUCAGUCUUUUGCCAACUAGGGCCCAGAUACCAUGGUAAUUUCCAAGACUGCUUGGGCUCGUUUCAGACAUACAGGGCUUCUGCGACCUUGAAUCUACGAAACGAGAGUCUUCAUCCCGGUAAAGAAGAGUACUCAGACAUCGUGACCGUGAUACGCCAAAAAGCUAGUAUUUUAAUACCAGAGACUUCAAUUCUAUUGAAUAUUUCUGCCACUGCUGUUUUUGACAAUGCCAACAAUAACCAUCUUGAUGAGUCUCAGCUCGUCAAAUCACUGUCGAGGAAUGCAGCUAAGCACUUGUAUCAUUUAGCCAGAGCAGGAGGAAAUCCUGUGGUCAUCAACGGUGCUGUGCCUGCUAUUAACAAUGCUCUAACGCAACCUCAAGGUGUUGCGAUCCUUACCGGGCGUCCCAUUGUAUCAGUUCCUCAGUCUUUGGAUGACUCUUCCUGGCGCAUUGGCGGCUGUGUUGCCGUUCAUCUUAGCAUGGUGGAAGCUGCGGCAACGCCUGACCAUAUUCGCCUAGCUGUACAGAUUCUAUUUGAAUCAGUACAAAGUAGCUGGCGGAACAGCGAGGCUAUGGAAAAAGAGAAUGGAUAUGGGAUUCUUGCCAUACUGUUAAAAGAAAAGCUGGGAGUCACCUUAGGCAUUGCGAAUAGCCCAGUGAAAAUUACACCCGUUUGCUCUACUUCACGCGAUAAGAAUGAGCUGGCCAUCGACCUUCUCUUACUUAUUCUGAAGUUUGUUGGAUACGAUUUCGAAAACCCGGACAAAUCCACUAUUAUAAAUCCUCUGGCGUACCGCAUUCUCUUGGUUGAUUUAGACAUAUGGCGCCUAGGUGACCUGCCCCUUCUCGAAAUUUACUAUUCUCAAUUUCGUACAUUUUGUGGCGAAAGCUAUCAUCAUCGGUUCAACUCUCGGCGUCUAUCUCGCAUGCGUGUCAUAAAAAAAUUGCUAGGCUCCCUAAAAGAUGGUACUUUUACAGCAGAGAGUUUGAAAUUAUUCAUGCCCGCGUUUAUCGGCCUAACGAAAUGCUCUAUGACAGCCGAAGUUCUUCGGUCUAUUGCACUUUUUAUUACAUUUUCUAUCCACAAGCCGAAAGAGCAGGGAAAAUUGCAAAAGAAGAAAAGCACUGCAAGUAUUGCAAAACAGCCUCGACGAGCUGUUGCGAAUCAGUUUUAUGGCAGGGCCGUUAAUUCCUUAUCCAAGGAAGAGAUAGGCAUAGACCUUCUUAGAGCUUUUGCGGAUAUAUUUUGUGCAACAGAUAAUACAGCUAAUAUACAAAAGUUUGCUCGAACCGUUACGAAUAAGUGGCUUCUUUAUCUUAUAUCCGAGGACGACCCCGUUGUAGUUCUCCUGGCAAUGAAAAUCCUAGCAAGACUUCUUACUGUUCAUGGAACAGCCUAUACAAGAAAAUUCGACAAAUCCGGGGGGUUCACGAUAUUGCGUCAUUGCCUGAAGCGCUGGUGGACUAUGCCUGCUUUGUGGCGUUUUUGCUUCGCCAUUCUUUUUGGCGAAGAUGUGAAAAAUAUUGAGAUUAACCAACAGUUUGACCAAACUACAUUCUCCGCACUUCUCAGCCGUUCGACCGGCGAGAAAGUUAUUUGUCCCGAAGUACUUGCAGUUAUUACUGGAAUGCUUCAAAGUGCAUUGAAAUGGUCCGUACUAAAGGCAGAUACCCAUGAGACUUAUGAUAUCAGUGAUGAUGGCUUGUGGCUUGGUGGUUCCGACAAUAGGAACAGGAACAGGCCGGAGACUCAACCAGCACAUGACGCAGAAUGUCCACAAGACUUACUAGACAAUGUUUUGCUUUUCCUCGCUAGACUUCACAAUAAGUCCUCAAAUUUCCGAGAGUUUGCCGCGACAUCAAAUUUUGUGGACGAGCUUCUUCUGGUCUUGUUCCCCAUCGUCGUAGGCUCCGAUUCAGUCAAUGCUAGUGUUGAACUGAAUUCGAACUAUUCAAGCCUCUCAUUUGGCAGUGAUGAUAUCGUGAUUCAACCACUUUCAAACUCUCGUCCAGUUUUAAGUACCAGCUCGGUAGAGCAAUCCGAAUCCGAGGAAAGAGGCAAACUACAGCGUGGCUCGUCGUUUGUAUUGAUUUCUUCGGAUAGGAAUAAAAAUAGCCCCUCCCCUGCUCGGCUAAGACACACGGUAGAACCUAAGACUGAUACAAUUCCAGAUGUACCAGCGCAUCCGUCCGUUGAAAAAUUGCUGCAGCUAGUGCUAUCUGUCUUCAUAGACCAGCUUUUGAACAGGAAGGAACUUCCUUACUCAACGAUGUCUCUGAAAAUCCCUCCAGGUUUUAUCGAGCACAGAGUGUACUUCGGAUCAUGGCUACAACGAAAUGCUCUGUCGCAAGCCGAACAAACAAUUUCUACCAACCAAAAAGUUUUGUUGGAGCCUAGAGUUUUAACCAACAUUUCAAGAUUGCUGGCUCAGGUUGCAGAUACCAUAUACGAAGGUUCAUUUAUAGGCGGUGCUAUAGCAAUAUUGGACUUCGUCGGUCCAGCCUUGGAGUAUCUUCAGAGCAGCGAUAUCGCAUCCCUGAAGAUCAUUCGUCUUUGCAGCCAGACAAUUUCAAAUAUUCGAUCCACUGUUUUCCGUACGAUGCUAUUACGACUAUCAGGAGCUGAAGAUACUGCGGCUCUUGAGUUUCUAAAGCGUCUUUCCUAUUGGCAAACCGUGCUCCUGGGCAGUGAAGAGAUGCAAACAGAGUACUUGCAGCUGAUGUGCUAUCUUUUAUAUUCAAAAAUAGUCAACGAAAAAGAAAAUAUACGAUUGGAAGCUGCCGCCCUAUGGCGUAUCAUCUUGGUACAGAAGCCAACAGAAACCCUCGCCAUGUUGAGCCAGACAAGUUAUUCCUUACAUAAACGUCUCUCCGCUGGGUUUCAGAAGCUUGUCGCAAUGGAUGAUACCAGUUUUCUUCAGUGGAUUGACGACCAACGCGAUGACCUUGACUGUUUUUUCUUUGGUACACUGUCAAAAGUAUGGGAGAAUUUUGUGAAACAGGAAAAUAUCAAGACAACUGAAAACGCCAAGAUUCGAUUAUCGAAAAGAAAGGAGAUAUUGAAGCAGUGGAGCCAAAUUGACGCGACCAACGAAGAACUUAUUCGCAAGCAUGAUGUUACUUUUGGACACUGGACUUCUAACAUAUCCCUCUCUGAGAGAUUGAAGCAUCAUAGAUCUGCUCAAGAUCAGCAAGAUGACUUUACUUUCCUAUUGUCCAACCUUUCUCAUAUUUAUCGUGACCUUCGCCGGGACAACGGCCUCCUUGCCGAUGGUAAAGAGACUAAAUGGCGGUUAGAUCAAACGGAAGGCCGAAGUAGAAUGCGUCAACGUGUCAUUCCCGAUGAUACGGUUGGCAAGCAAGACUAUCAGCCUAAGCGAAAGGCUACCGGUGAAUCACAGUCAAGACCGGACAGUCGACCGCGCUCCAAUACCGAGAGCGAUGUAGCGGCCAUCACCAUAGAAGCAGAACGGCCAGACGAAGAGCCCGUGGAAAACGAUACUGAAGAUAAAACAGAUAUGGAGGACAGCUUCGAAAUAAUCGACGGACCUAGAGAGAAUGACGAAGAUUACGAAGACAAAAAUAGGAAGGUUAUGAGAAGUUUACAUCGAGGAGACCAGGUGCAACACGUACAUAAUAUGUCAAGAAUUGUUGGACUCGAAGCCUAUGAAGGCCUUUUAAUCCUUGGGAAGAGCAGCAUUUACAUCAUGGAUGACUAUUUCCAGCGGCCUGAUGGUGAGAUUGUUAAUGUUUGGCAAGCUCCCCGUGAGGAAAGAGACCCUUACGUUCGCAUGAUCUCCGGUCGAGAGUCUAGUGAACGGAAGUUCAACAACGGUGAGCACGAAAGCAGGAGCUGGAAGUGGCUUGAUGUUGUCAGUGUUUCAAAACGACGUUUUUUAUUCCGAGAUGUGGCGCUAGAGAUAUUCUUUACAGAUGGUCGCAGUUUCUUGAUAACACUGAUAUCUUCUGCUGCUAGAGAUGGUCUUUAUGCGCAAUUAAGUUCUAAAGCACCACAAUCUCAGGGAACCGGAAAUUUGUCACAACCUGAUGAUACUUGGAGAUUUGAAGCGCUUCUUGAUCAAGAUAACAAACCACAGUUCUUUGGCUCGAAGAUCGCUAAUGUUUUUGGUCAAGCGGGCCUACACCCUGCAACGCGGAAGUGGUUAAGGGGUGAAAUGUCCAAUUUUCAUUAUUUAAUGCAGGUCAACACAUGGGCCGGGCGGACAUUCAACGACUUGACUCAAUAUCCCGUAUUUCCUUGGAUUUUGGCAGACUACACCAGCGAAGAAUUAGACCUCACCAACCCCAAGACUUUUAGAGACCUUUCGAAACCUAUGGGAUGCCAAACACCUGAAAGAGAAGCUGAAUUUAGGAGCAGAUAUCAAUCUUUUGCUGAGAUGGGCGACCAUAACGCUCCUCCAUUUCACUACGGAACUCACUAUUCAUCUGCGAUGAUAGUAUGUUCUUAUUUAAUACGGCUCCAGCCAUUUGUUAAGUCUUACCUUCUUUUGCAAGGUGGAGCUUUUGAUCAUGCUGAUCGACUAUUCUACUCCAUUGCAAAAACGUGGAACUCGGCGUCGACCGUGAAUAUGACAGAUGUGAGGGAAUUGACCCCUGAGUUCUUCUACCUGCCUGAAUUCCUUGUCAAUUCCAAUAAAUAUGACUUUGGCUCGAGACAAAAUAUGACACAGAAUAUUGACUCGGUAGAACUUCCGCCGUGGGCCAAAGGGGAUCCGAAUAUAUUUAUUGCAAAGCACCGCGAGGCUCUUGAGAGCCCCUACGUGAGCAGGAAUCUCCAUCAGUGGAUUGACCUCAUCUUUGGCUGGAAACAGAAGGGCGAGGCUGCGUUCGAAGCUGUCAAUGUUUUUCAUCAUCUCUCUUACCAAGGCGCGAAAGAUAUCGACAAUAUUGUCGACCCCAUGGAGAGGCUGGCUACAAUUGGUAUCAUCCAUAAUUUUGGGCAGACUCCACACCAAGUGUUUACUAAACCCCAUCUCCAACGAGAAGAAAUGCAUCAUAAGCUUAAUCAGCUAGAUAUUGCUGCAGAGGGUUUAACUAACACUCCAUUUACGUUGCUAGAUUCCCAGGAACGCGUGGCGUCUCUAUCUUUUUCGACAAAACUCGAUCGAUUGCUAUGCUCUGCUGCACUGCGGUUAAAUAUACCCCCUAGCUACGAGAAGUAUAUGGAAUGGGGGUUCUCAGAUAACAGUGUCCGCCUGUACUCUGCGGAUAGCAGAAAGCUUAUCGGUCAUUUUGAGCAUCUUCAUGUUGGCCAACUGUCCUGCGCUUUAUUUGCAGAUUCACAGACCCUGAUAACAGCUGGAGAGGAUUGCACUAUAUCUGUCUGGUCUUAUACUACGACCGCUAGAUCGGCAGACCUCCAUCCUAAAGCUUCUUUGUUUGGACAUCGGACGCCAGUGACGGUGCUAGCCGUAUCUCGUUCCUUUAGCACCAUACUCUCUGCCUCGAAAGACGGCACACUGAUGCUAUGGGAUCUGAAUCGUUUAGAGUUUGUGAGAAAACUGCCCUCCGGCGAAGCUGUCGACCAUGCCCGUAUUAAUGACGCAACGGGAAAUAUCAUGAUCUGCCGUGGAAAUCGAUUGAGUCUAUUCACGUUAAAUGGCAUGUUGUUACUGGAGCAAAUCAUUUGCGACCAAAAUGAGGAUAGUGUCCUCUCAUGUGCCUUUUAUGAAGGCGUCAGCAAUGAAUGGAUCGAGCGAGAAUUGAUCUUCACUGGUCACCGACGGGGACUAGUUAACAUUUGGAGUAAGACUAUCCGAAAUGGACGGUUUGAAUUAGAUUUGAUUCGCCAACUGCACCAUGUUGAUCAGGCUCGCGGAGAUGGGCCGGUUUCUACCGCAGGUAUAACUUGCAUAUUGCCAAUGGCACAAGUCGUGUAUACGGGUGAUGAAGCUGGUCGGGUGUAUGAAUGGAACUGUGUACAACGGCGCUGA